UCUCUGUCGAUCGCCGAGCGGAAGUUUCGGCAGCGCUCCUCAGUCCGCCGCUUUGCAGGAGGCUCUUAGUUUGGUCCGCUUCCCAGCUAUGUUCCGCAACCAGUAUGACAACGAUGUCACCGUCUGGAGCCCUCAGGGCAGGAUUCAUCAAAUUGAGUAUGCAAUGGAAGCUGUUAAACAAGGUUCUGCCACAGUUGGGCUGAAAUCCAAAACCCAUGCAGUGUUGGUUGCAUUGAAGAGGGCACAGUCAGAGCUUGCAGCUCACCAAAAAAAAAUUCUCCAUGUUGACAACCAUAUUGGUAUCUCUAUUGCGGGUCUUACUGCUGAUGCCAGACUCUUAUGUAAUUUUAUGCGACAGGAGUGUUUGGAUUCCAGAUUCGUAUUUGACAGACCACUUCCUGUGUCUCGUCUUGUAUCUCUAAUUGGAAGCAAGACCCAGAUACCAACACAGCGGUAUGGCCGGAGACCUUAUGGUGUUGGGCUGCUUAUUGCUGGUUAUGAUGAUAUGGGCCCUCACAUUUUCCAGACCUGUCCAUCUGCCAACUAUUUUGACUGCAGAGCUAUGUCUAUUGGAGCCCGUUCUCAGUCAGCUCGUACUUACUUGGAGAGACAUAUGUCUGAAUUUAUGGAGUGCAAUUUAAAUGAACUGGUUAAGCAUGGUCUGCGUGCCUUAAGAGAGACACUUCCUGCAGAACAGGACCUGACAACUAAGAAUGUUUCCAUUGGAAUUGUUGGUAAAGAUUUGGAGUUCACAAUCUAUGAUGAUGAUGAAGUGUCUCCAUUCCUGGAAGGUCUUGAAGAAAGGCCCCAGAGAAAGGCACAGCCUGCACAACCUGCGGAUGAACCUGCAGAAAAAGCUGAUGAACCAAUGGAGCAUUAAUAAACCAGCCUGUGUGUGUAUUAUCAAAUAUGUAAGAAUGCAGGAACACACACUGAUGACAGUAAUCUAUACUUUGAACCAAAAGAUGCAGAGUGUGGAGUGGUAUGUUUUAGGAAUCAGUCCAGAUAUGUUUUUUCCAACCAACCUUCCUGAAACCAUAUAAUGAGGUGCAGUUUUCUUUAAGGGGAUCUGUAUAAUCAUUUUCUAAAAAGUACAGAUAUACCAAUGUUUUUAUAUGAAGAAAAUAGUGUCUUUGCAGUUUUAAACACAUCUGUGAAAUAAAACUGUUUCACUUCCUGGU